GCUGUAGCGUUAUGAAGGUGGUUACUGGUUACAAAUCGGGUCACGGGAUUGUGGCCAACAGCGGAGACUCGCACGGAAAUACGCAGCACUGAUAAAUAUUACUUUAAAUGGAGGAUCAAGCAGGCUGCAUCCUGCAGCUUAGACCUAACUAAAGCUUCAUAUCUUUUUAUGGUGAGGAGGACGCCACUUCUUCCAAAACAUGGAUACAGGGUGGUUUAUUGGACACAAGAGGAUUCCCCCUUCAAAAUCUGAACAGCAAAUGUCCAGCUCUUACAGCAGUGUCUCAAGGCCUAGCAUGACCAUCAACUUGACUGAAAUGUUGCGAGCUGACAAACCUAAUGCAGUAAAGAAGCCAAUUCCAAUCCGCCCCCCAAGCCCCAGAGUCUCUCUGCAAAAGGACCAAGAGUGCCACCGCAGACCCUCCUGUGAACCCAUGCCUAAAUCCAUCAUCCGACAACGGUCACAUUCCCUGCCUUCUACCACAGAGAAGAAGAAACAAUGCAGAAAUGUUGGUGUACGCUUUGUUGACUCUUUGGGGCUCGACCUGGAAGACAUCAAGCUUUUUAAAUCCGGAGAGGAUCCGUUUGUACCACAUCAUGUUACCUUUAGAUUGUUGAUGGGUGCAGAGUUGGCAGAUGGAAGGCAUCUGGAGAUUUCCUCACCUUACAUGAAGCCAUAUUUUUCCCAACAACCUGGCGACCAGCCAGGAUUCCUGCAUCGUCUCUGUGAGCAGAAAGUGUGUCUGGAGAGGGUCUUGUGUUUUGAACUUGGUGUCAUUGGAAUCACCCAGGUCAUCAAUUUAGAUUAUGAAAAAGAUGUCACUGCUCGCUAUUCAUUUACAGAUUGGAAGAGCUGCACAGAAACUAAGGCCUCAUGGGUGUCCAGCAUCACCAAUACAUGGGAAGGAGGAGGGCAACUCAGUUGCGAUACAUUUCGUUUCCACUUGCCUGUUCCUCCAUUCCUGCAACCAGGAGCAGUGUUAGAGUUUGCCAUUCAGUACAAAGUCUGUGGGGCUGAAUACUGGGACAACAAUGAUGGCCAGAAUUACAAGUUAGUCUGCCAUAACUACAAGCUCACUGUGCCCAAAGAAUGCAAGGAUAGCAUGGUGCACUUCAUUUAAGAUGCUGACUAAAGGUAGAGGAAAUCUAUUAGAAGCACUUUAUGGCUGUUGUAAGCAAGACCUAUAAAAAAUGUAUGACUGUGUUGUCACAUAAUGUUCAUUAUGUUAGACAAAUGCAAAGAGAGGAUUUCUUUGAACCUUAUAUUCAAGGUUAGCUGUUCUCAGACGCAGGUAAAGUGAUAUGAACAAACACUAGUGCACUUACACUUGACGCCAGCUUUAGUUCCACUGUUUUACUUUACUGUGAUUUCUUUUUUAAAAUUGCACUGUAUUACUGGAUUUUCCGGGCUAUUGAAAUACAAAUUGCACUUUGAUGUGGGAACAUCCAAUGCAGAUGACACCCACUGAGUGUUACAUAAAUAUUCAGUGAAACUGAAAUAAAUGCACUCAACUUCCCUGUUUUCUCCCAGCUGGAUAUCUGACAUAGAAAAUUGUUUUAUACAUUGCAAGAAUUUGGUCUGAGCCAUUUUACUCUGGAUUCAAAGUUUAUUUUUGAGUCAAAUGUUGUCAAACCAAAUGUCCAGGCCAUGCAAUGAAUACAGGUCUUUUAGUGAAUGACGA